AUGAUGCUUGUCUCUCGUCCCGUCCUUCAUGGUGCCCCAUGUCUGAGGAUGUCGACACGUCAAUUAACUCGGACUGUCCUUCGUUCAUUCUCUGCGUCAACCCUGCGCUUUCAACAGCUCAAACAUACACCUUUGUACGACUUUCACGUCUCACAUCAAGCCAAGAUGGUUCCGUUUGCAGGAUGGUCCAUGCCAUUGAGUUAUGGUGAUGUCGGACAGAUCGCCGCCCAUAACCACGUUCGAACUUCUGCCGGAUUAUUCGAUGUCUCUCAUAUGUUACAACACCGUUUUUCCGGUCCUACCUCUCAAUCCUUCCUCUUGUCACUUUGUCCAUCCUCCCUUCAUUCCCUUUCACCCUUCACAUCCACGCUCUCUGUCUUCCUGAAUGAAUCCGGGGGGAUCAUAGAUGAUACUAUCAUCACCAAACACUCUUCCGAUUCUUUUUACGUCGUCACAAAUGCUGGACGUUCCACUGAGGAUUGUGAAAUGUUCCAAACCGCUUUGUCCAAAUGGAACGCCGAGCAUCCUACGGAUGUUGUCAAGUGGGAAGUAUUGGAAGGAUGGGGAUUGUUAGCUCUACAAGGACCCAAAUCGUCAGAAGUCUUGCAGAGUAUUACUGAGACAUCUUUGGAAGGGGUGAAAUUUGGUCAGAGCGUAUAUGCUGAGAUUGGGAAAGAUAAGAUCAAGUGUCAUGUGGCAAGAGGGGGUUAUACGGGUGAAGAUGGUUUUGAGAUCUCCAUACCUCCUGAGAAUACAAUCUCAAUAACUGAAGAAAUCUCCAAUCAUCCCGAUGUCCAAUUGAUAGGUCUAGGAGCCCGCGAUUCCCUCCGUCUAGAAGCCGGCAUGUGUCUAUAUGGUCAUGAUCUAGACGAAACGAUAUCUCCCGUCGAAGCUGGGUUGAGUUGGGUAAUAGGUAAAGAUCGUAGAACCUCAGAAGGAAUUCCUUUUCCGGGAAAAUCGAGGAUAUUGGAAGAAUUAUCAAAUGCUCCAUCAAGAAGAAGAGUGGGUUUCGAAGUUGUGGGUGCUCCCGCUAGAGAGGGAUGUAAGGUUUUUGAUGCCUCUGGAGAGAAAGAAAUAGGUGUGAUAACUUCUGGUAUACCAUCACCUACGUUAGGAACUAACAUAGCUAUGGGAUACGUGAUUAACGGUCAACAUAAAAAAGGUACAAAAGUCAAGAUUGAAGUUCGUAAAAAGUUACGGAAAGGAAUAGUAAAAUCCAUGCCUUUCGUACCAACCAAAUAUUACAAGUGA